UAUUAGUGAUUAUCGAUCAAACUCGAGAUUUGUUUAGCACCCUUUUGACUUGCCAGUUUCUUAUCCAGGAUGGACGACGGAGGCGAACAGCCCUUAACAAAACCGGGACAGGAAGACGACAAGAAAUAUCCACUUGUUCGCAUGUCCGACCUGCCCGAAGAAACUCAACCCGAAAUAAUCGAGAUGCUAACGUCCCUCAUCGAACGAUACUCGAAAGAUAUCCAGCUCGCUUGUAAAAUGGCGAAGGAGCAGAUGGACCGAGUGUACGGCCCCCACUGGAGCAUCAUCAUUGGAGAAGCGUUCGGAUUUGACGUCACUUUUCUGAAGCGACACAUGCUGUACAUGUACUUCAUGGGAAAUUUGGGGAUACUCGUGUGGAAAAAUUCAUAAUCUUAUCCAUUCCAACCAUAAUCUUUCGAUAAGCUUAACAAUCUCAUUAUUGUGGUACAAAUCAGAGGUAGAAAAUAAAGGCGUUCGAAUUACAAAAAA